AUGCUAGUAAAUCAACAAAAUGCGAUGUUUGUACGCAUCGGUUCAGCUCUGUUUUAUGGACUAUCGUCGUUUAUGAUAACGGUGGUGAACAAAAUGGUCCUUACUACUUUCGGCUUUCCAUCUUUUCAAGUUUUGGGAAUAGGACAAAUGUUAGCCACUAUUUUCGUUCUUUUCCUGGCGAAGAAGUUACGCUAUGUCGACUUCCCUAACCUCGAAGGCGCGACAUUCGUUAAGAUCUGGCCGUUGCCAAUGAUUUAUAUUGGUAAUAUGAUCUUCGGAUUGGCAAUACGAAGAUUUUCUACGUACAAAGCCUUUGAAGAAGAUUAUGCUAAACAUCAUAUAUUUUUAUCUUCCUUUCAACGAGCGGCCCUCUCCGUAGGAUCAGCGAUUAUAUCAUUAGCCGACCCGUCCCGUGCCGAUCUGAUAGCAUCUCUUGCAGAAACUACAUCAGGAAAUGCUCUUGUGUACUGUCUAAAUGAAAUGCAGAAAUCACCUGAAGGUCAGCGGAUUUUAAAAGAAAAACCACGUAUAAAUACUUCGACCAUAAAUUUAUCAUUAUUGAAAGAUUUACCGGAAGGCACACUUGGAAAAACGUAUAGCAACUUUUUGGAAGUGAACAAUGUAACACCAGAUUCUAGGGCACCGACGAGAUUUAUUGAUGAUGUCGAACAAGCAUACGUUAUGCAACGAUAUCGCGAGAUACACGAUAUCUCUCAUGCAGUUUUGUUGAUGCCUACAACGAUGCUUGGAGAAGUUACAGUGAAAUGGGUAGAAGCACUUCAAACACAAUUUCCAAUGUGUAUCGGAGGAGCAAUAUUUGGAGCGGCCCGUUUACGAGCGAGACAAAGAAAAUUAUAUUUGGAUUAUUAUCUUCGGUGGGCAGUAAAUACUGGAAAUAAUGCUAAAUUUUUAUUAGGUGUUUACUUUGAAGAACGAUGGGAACAACCUCUCCGAGAUUUUCAUAAGGAGAUGAACAUCGUUCCUCUUAUCCCAAUGUCAUAAUGUGCAUUGUGAUAAUAUGUUAUUAUGUAAAUUUCCGUUACAGCGAUAGUUUGUCGAAUGAUACAGUUUUAUCCAGGUUGCUCUUAUAGAGAGCGAAGAGAUCCCUAAGAAUUCUUUCUGUAAAAAUACGCAUUAUUUACAUGAUAUAACAAUUUUUAUUGAUUAUAACACUGGAAAUAUUAAGAAUAUAAUUUUUAAUGGGA